AUGAACGGCCUACCCUGCGUUGCCAAGUACUUACUAAUACCUUCUGUGCGAGUGGCACAGCACCUGUAUCCUUCAGACAACCGAUGCACGCUACGCUACAAACAUUCACUGGAGAAGUUAUCAAAUUCCAAGCUAAACGCAGGUCAGACACAACUGCGCUUGAGCACUUGGGAGCUGAGAUUGCUGCUGCGGGGCAAAGAGGAGCGGCUGAACAUCGGCAACUUCUACUUGUCAAUCACGACCGAGCUCUUAAACACGAACCUGCGUCCAGGGGCUGAACAGAAAGUGGUGUUCAUCACUGCACGAGUCCAUCCUGGAGAAACACCAUCUUCCUUCGUGUGCCAAGGUAUAAUUGAUUUCCUUGUGAGCCAGCAUCCUAUUGCAAAAGUACUGAGAGACCACCUGGUCUUCAAGAUUGCCCCCAUGCUCAACCCUGAUGGAGUAUACCUAGGAAAUUACAGGUGCUCCCUGAUGGGGUUCGAUUUAAACCGGCACUGGGCAAAUCCAUCUCCUUGGGCUCAUCCCACCCUGCAUGGAGUGAAACAGCUCAUCAUUGAGAUGUACAACAAUCCGAAGAUUAACCUGGAGUUCUAUAUUGACAUCCAUGCCCACUCCACCAUGAUGAAUGGCUUCAUGUAUGGGAACAUCUUUGAAGACGAGGAAAGAUUUCAGCGACAGGCUGUUUUCCCCAAGCUACUCUGUCAGAAUGCCGAAGACUUCUCUUAUUCCAGUACAUCGUUCAACAGAGAUGCUGUGAAAGCAGGGACAGGCAGGCGUUUUCUUGGUGGGCUGUUAAAUGAUACGUCCUACUGCUACACUCUGGAAGUCUCUUUCUACAGCUACAUCUUGGGAGGACCCACUUCUGCUGUCCCCUACACAGAAGAAGCAUAUAUGAAGCUUGGAAGAAAUGUGGCCAGGACAUUCUUGGAUUACUACAGGCUGAACUCCUUGGUGGAGAGACCACUAGCACCUACUCCUAAGACUCGGAAAGAAAAACUGCCGCUUUUUAAAUGCACUACCCAGCGGGGCCAAGGGAACAGCCAUGCUGGCGGCAAGCCAGAGAAGAGGAGCCAGGCGCAUCUGAAGGACCAGUCUCUCUCCACGCGAUGA